UUUCAUCCCUUACUUCCGUUCUGUUGCUGUGGUUCUGAAUCCUGGAGCUGCGGGUCUGCAGCGGGAUUUUUCGAUUCACCAGCCCACGUGCGAGCAGAAGAAGUAGCAGCCCUAGAAGAAGUGACUGCCUGCGGGGCGGGGUUUGUGUUGAACUGCUUUGGGGAAAAUCACGCAGGUGAAGAUGUUGAGAGGCGUAUCCUUCAGAGGUGUUGGCAGGGCGAACAGCCGCAUGACAAACAUCUCUCCAGUUUCCUCACAUAGGAAUUCUAUCUCUGAUUUCAGCGACCUAAACAACAACAAAUGUCAUCUUGCACAAGAUUCCAAACCGAAAGUUCUCCCCCGUGAAACGAUUGCCAGGUACAAGCGAGGAGAGACACAUCCGGUGUCAGCAUUGUACCAGCUUUCUCAGGUUCUCCCAUUUCAAUUGGAUCUAAAAGAAACCGUCACAACCGCAGGAGUUACGGGGUUUUUCUUUGCGUUCUGUGCUGUGAUCGAUGGAGUCCAGUAUAAGACCGGUAUGGGCAACACAAAGAAAGAAGCCAGAGCCAAAGCGGCCGAGCUGGCCCUAGAAGAGCUCAUAGUUGUUUUAGAGAAUGAUGGGACACCUUCAGAGGAUUCCUUCAAAAUUGAGGGAGCUCUGUCCAUACGAGACAAAGAUCCAGUCAUUCCAGAAAUCCAUUCCAGAAGAGCUGUGUUGGGAGAAACAGGGAAUUGUUCACAGUUUCUCCCCUUGAGUUCCAUGGAGGAUAAACCGUCUCAUAGGUUUCAACGACAUGUGGAGAGGAAGAAUCCUCUGAAGGAUCAGGUACCCGUUGCGGUGAGGGAGAUCUUUAUCAAGCUAAUGGACGGUUACCCAGAAUUCUCUGCCUGUGGAAGAACAGUGGCUGCAUUUGUCAUGCAGUCCCCCACAGGAUGCGAGGUUAUUGCUCUUGGGACGGGCAGUUCGAAUACAAGCGCAAGUCCAGCACCCACAGGACGAAUUCUGCACGAUUCCCAUGCGGUGGUAGUUGCUCGCAGAUCACUGAUGAGGUUUCUGUACAAGAAUCUGUUGCUGUUCUACAGCAAGAAUCCCUCUCAGGUGGAGGAGUCGGUUUUCCAGCAGGACCAAGUCACUAAACUCCUGUGCUUUAAAGAUAAUCUCACUCUUCACUUGUACCUGAGCCACCUGCCCAGAGGAGCUGCGCAGAUCCCAUCUCAACUCCGCUUGAAUCCGCUAUCGAUCUCUGCAUGGGAGGUGAACAAUCAGAUCAGUCUUCAUGUUGUGGUGGAGGGGAAGGUCUUCUCACAGUUCUCCAACUCAUAUGAACAGAUGUGCUUGCAUGUGGUCAGUAUGUCUGCAACCGAUAAGAUCAUGCAGUGGCAGGUGUUAGGCUUCCAGGGGGCGCUAUUAAGCCAUUUCAUCGAGCCGGUCUACGUAACCAGCAUCUUCAUCGGUGACGAGAGCGGCAGUGAUACGCGUGGCAUGGAGAUGGCAGUGAAUCAGCGUGUAGAUGGCAUCACCUCAGCACUUCCCAUGUAUUACUGCGCCCACUGGCCGCACAUCAGCCUGGUGACCUCGGCCAUUCCUGCGGUAACACAACUCACUCAGAAAUCCCUCAGUAUGAACUGGAGUCAUGGAGAUCAUUCAAUUGAGGUGCUGGAUGCUGUGGCAGGAAAGUCUACAGAAAACUCUCCAUAUAAGAGCAGUCCAGCUUUGGCCAGUCGGCUUUGUAAAGCAGCCAUGUUUAGUCGAUUUAAAUCGGUAUCUAAAGAAGCCCAGAGGGAGGAGCUACUCAACACCGUCACCUACAGAGAGGCAAAGAUGAUGGCAAAGCCGUACCAGGAAGCGAAAAAUAUCCUGAAGUCUCACCUGGCCAGGAAGGGCUACGGCCAGUGGGUGGAGAAACCGCCAAUCAGUGACCAUUUCAACAUGUGAGAAAGCACUUGCAGACGCUGCAAGCACCUUAGUUAUUUAUUUGUUUCAAUUGUUCGGUGUUGUGAAUUUCUCGACUGUUCGCUUUGUUUGUUUUGUUUGGUUGUAUUUAUGGCACUUUCAGACCACCGAGAUAUACAAGAGAUGUUUUUCUUCCCACAAGUACAAAUGAAAAAAUACAAAACAGGCUAAAUAGAAAAUAUUUAACAUUAGUAGGAGUAGGUGAAGUUCUGUUUGUUUGUUUGUUUGUUCACAAAGUAAAUGGAAAUAAAAGAUGUGCAUUUUUGAUU